GUGUCACGCCUGUCAACAUCCUUUACCUCUGUCGCUGGUUGGUGGCGGCCAUUUUUGCUGAGGGUAAAGUGCACUGCUUGGCAACACUAUAGAGAAGGCCAGAAAAAAGCUUGGCCCACUUUCUGAAGUGUUCAGAGAGCAAUCAUGAUGGACAGGGACAAAAACCGGGUGACUGAGAAGAUCUUGGACCUCACCCUGGAGAUUAUCUGCCUGCUGACAGGGGAGGACUAUAUUGUUGUGAAGAAGACAGACCAUGACCAAGAUCUGUGCUUGGCACAUCCACUGGCAUCACUCAUGCAAGAGAAGAAAAAAGACAAGAAGAGCCCAAAGCUAACAGACAAGAUCCAUAAGAGAUCCACUACAGAGGUUCCAGCCUAUUGUCAGAACAACGGUGCAUGUCCCCCAGCAGCGCAGCCGGAACCUUCCAAAAGGAACAUGGAACAGUAUGAGGAUGUUGCCAUGGAAAAUCAAGAGCCUCUCUGCCCCGGGAAUAUCUGCAGUGCUCCAGAGAGAUGCCCUGUGCCCCCAUUCCCACAGGCUGGUACAGAGACCAGUGACAGGACUGCGCAGGAUUAUCAGGCUGAGCAGGUGGAUGUUAUAUUCCCCCCGCAGUGUAAGAAGGAGGAGAUCCCCACAGCUAUAAACACAGGAUUUCCGUUCACUUGGGAAGCCAAAAUGGAAGCUUUCCACAUGCCCUUUUCGGAGUUUUCCAUGAAUAACAAGAGUGUUCCGCCAAACAGCCAAGCGAUAAGGAGUCCUAAGCCAAAUCCAUUGGGUGACACUCUGAAAACAUCCAUCAAUAUUCCUAUUAAGAGCCAAACCUUACAGGGAGAAGCUCGUCUCCAGGACCUACCCGCUGACCUAGGCAUUCCCUUCCCCCCGAGUUGUAAUGAGAAAACCCAAGAUGUCUGUGAGCGUCCGGACAGCACCAAGUUCAGUUUGGUGGCAGAUCAAAUGGACCAGAUGGCAGAAAAGUUAUAUUUGUGUUCCGAGUGCGGCAGUUGCUUUACCAACAACGCCGACCUAGUGGCCCAUCAGAGAGUUCACACAGAGGAGAAAGCCUAUCUGUGCUACGAUUGCGGAACAUUUUUCACAAACAGCCCAGAUCUUGAAAAGCACAAAAAAGUUCACGCCGAUGAAAAUUCAUCGUCCGAAUCAGAAUACGCAAAGUGCCCGGCUCAAGUCCCAGCCGCCUAUGAGAAAAUACAGACUGGGGAGAAACCAUUUGCUUGCGCAGAAUGUGGCAAAUGUUUCACUUGCAGUUUGGAGCUUGGGGCACAUCAGAGAGAUCACAAAAACGCGUCCGGUUCCGAACUUGAAGCACCGCCGGCUGUUCCGCCGCAUCAGCGGAUGGAAUCCAGGUUGAAAGAAUUCGCCUGCUCUAAUUGCGGAGAACGUUUCUCCAUGAAAUCGGAACUGGUGAAGCAUCACAGGAUUCACGUGGAGCAGAAACCCUUCGCUUGUUCUGAGUGUGGGAAGUGUUUCGGCCAGUUAGCGAGUCUUCAGAGGCACCAGGUCAAGCACGCGGGGGAGGAACCAGGCAUCUCUUCUAACCCAGGGGAGCGUCGCAGUGACGGGUCAGAUCCGGCUAAACCUGUCCAAAUGGAAGCGAACCCCUUUGUCUGCGCUGAAUGCGGGGUUGGAUUCGCCUCUAGCCCCGAGCUCGUCACGCACGAAAUCCUACACAUCGCGGAAAAAGAAUUCGUUUGCCCCGAGUGCGGAGAAUGUUUCGCCAAUAAUUCUGAUCUGACGUCCCAUAAAGUCAUUCACGCGGGGGCCAACCCGUUCCUCCGUCCCUUGGGCGCAAGAGCCCCGGCCUACAGUUCUGGUUACUUUAUAAGCCACGGCGGCGCGGGGGACAAACCGUACGCCUGUUCCGACUGCGGCAAAGGCUUCGCCUAUAGGUCGGCCUACCUGAGGCACCAGCGCAUUCACACGGGGGAGAAGCCCUUUGUUUGUUCCCAGUGUGGGAAACGCUUUACCCAGAAAAUCCAUCUUAUUACUCAUCAGAGGGUUCACAGAAAUAAUAAGCAUUUAUAGUCGUGAUUUAUAAUUGGUGGACGUUUAUCUUGUUUAUAUUUGUAUUAAAUUGUUGCUGUCACAGAGUUACACACACUUAUAUUUUAUUUUGUAUUCCCUGUAUCAGUGGUCAGUUCCACGUCAUCUGUAGUGCAGUGAAUUAGAAUAGACCUGAGCUAUUGUGUUCUACA